UGUCGUGACUUCAGUAUAAACCCUCGUACAUUGAAAAAACUAUCAUAUAUUUUAUUUAAUUAAUAACUACUCUAUAUUAUUAAAUUAUAAGUAAUUAAUUAAAAUUUUGAAUAAACAAAAAUAAAUUUAAACUUAACAAUAAAAUUAUUUUCCAAGCAAUAUAAAAGAUAAAUAAAAUAUUAAACUUAUUAUAAAAUAAUUAAAAAAGUUUAAAAAAGUGUUUCUAUAUAAAGAUCAAUCCAAAAAGGAUAAAACAGCCGUCAGUAGAUGAUGGUGGGGUGGUCUAAGGAAAGUAGGAACAAAGAAUAACGAGAGGAUGGUAGAACAUAGUGAAUCAGGUUGUGAAGAAGCACAAAGUGUUAAAAAUCAACAAGAUGUUGCUAAUUUAUCUAGAGCUUCAAACCAUAAUAAUAAUUACAAUAACGAAACAAUAAAAAAUUCAAAUCGUUUCUCAUUAUUCAAGUGGUUCAAACCGAAAACUAAUGAAAAAAUAGAAUCACAUGAUUUGAGUGCUUGUUCCAGUACAUCAAGUGUCGAUACACUGUACAGUACCACAACAGUACGUAGUUUUGCAUUUCAUUCCGGUUCAAAAAAUAAAAAUGUCGAAACAGUGACUCUCGAUUUACUUAAACAUAAUAAUAAAGAUUUGGGACCUUUUGGAUCUGGUGCUUCGAAAAUAAUUCAUAAAAAUAAUAAUGAUCAAUUAGAUCCGUCUUUAGAUGUCACACGGACGUUACCAUCUCACGUUUUGUCUCAAAAACGUGAUAUAACAACACGCUAUUCACUGCAAACUUGUUCAACAAAUUUUGGUUCUUGUGACAAUAUCACUCAAGCUCACAAUUUAAUUGACAAUAAUUAUUCUUUGAACAAAAACUAUGUAAGAAAAAGAUUACAUGUGAAAGGUAAAAGACGUGCACCUCAACCCCCAAGACCGAAAAGUGUAUGUAAUCAUAUAAGCAAUAGUGCUGAAAGACGUAAACGUCAAGCACCAAAACCACCAGGUUGGAAUAAAAUAGAUCUGAUGGACAAAAAAAAUUUUGGAAAAGAUAAUCAUACAAAUCAUAAAUGUAGUGGUCAAAUUGGUGCCAGACAAGAAAUAAUGAUGAAUGAAGAAGUUAAUUAUGACAAAAAGUACCAGCAAAAUCAAUCAUCAAUAAGCAAUGACACCCUGGUAUUACGCGGCGGUGUUUUGGUGGCAAAGAAAGAAAAUCUGUUGAACAAAACAACAAGUCCGAUAAAAAUAACAGCAACACCGAAACCCUGGUACAAACGCAGUGUAUUUGAGACAAAAAAAACUGAUAAAGACAGCAGUAGUUUUGAUGACAGUGAUCCAUUGACAACAAAAAUAAAUUUUUUUUAUCGUGAUAAAACCGAAAUUAAAGAUGAUAAGCGCAAAGAUAAAGAUAAAGAUACUAAAAGAAAAUCGGGGUUGUGUAUAUUGACAAAUAUAAGUGAAUUGGACAAAGAAGCUGCGGCAAUCGUUCAAGAAGAACAAGCUAAGACACGUGCUGCGAUACGCCAACAGCAAUUUAAUGGAUCGGAUAACAUUGAUAAAUAUAAUGACAAUCAAGAAGAAAUAGUUCAAGAUAUUGUUACAUCUUCUAUUGAAAAUUCACCUAAACGUGGAACACGUGCUUUGAUUUCGAAGUUCAAUGCCAUUGGAAAUAUAACCAAAGUUACCGUUAAUUCAAAUUUUUUUAAUAAAAAUUUGCCGUCACCAAAAUUUGAUCGUAAUUGGAAUUCCGCAGGAUCAUCUGCGAAUAAAGAUCGCGUUGAACCACCAGAUUUAUCACGUUAUUUCCCAGAUAAAAAUAAAACUAAAAACACCCAAAGUGCUAUCAAUGCUUCUCGUACGUCAUUUUUACAGAGUACGCUAACGGACAAUACUUCGGAUAAAAAAUUAACGGAACCGCAUAAAUUAAUAAAUGAUGUCACUAAUAGAUUAACUGCAUUGCAAAGUAUCGUUGCGACAAAUUCAUCAAAAGAAAGUACAAUGAGGACUCACAGUCCUGUUUUUUACCGUCGUGAUAAAAAAGUUUUAGAUGAACAAAUAAUUGAUUACAAAAGUUCACCAAAAGUUUAUCGCGCUCAUGAUAAAACCAACAGUAAAGAUAUACAAAAUGAAUUUAGUGAUUUGUUUAAAGAAAUAGAUCGCCAAUUAAAUUUUGAUAUUAAAAAUGAAGAAUUGCACGUAAAGAAGACAAAUGAUUCAAAUAAUUCAGCCGCAUCAAAAGUAAGCAAAGUUUUAGAUAUUUUAGUCGAAGCUGAAGGAAUUAAAAAUAAAACGGAUGGUGAUCAUAAGAGAUUUGAUAAAAAUAGUAAAGCCGUUACGAAUGUAUGUGAUGACAAAGUUACUGAUUUAAAGGAAAUGCUUAAAGAAAUGAAACAUUCGCUACCUAAGCGGCCUAAGGCAAAAAAUAAAACCAGAGAAUUUAUCAAAAAUUCGGAGACGAAAAAUUUUUGUGAUUCAAUUGUUAUUUCAAAUCCGCCGGUUAUACAAAUCGGUCCUUCGACAUCAACAUCAACGUCAGUGUCGUUGACGUCGUCAUCAUUAUCAUCAUUUGGAAAUAAAGAUGAGAGAAAACAAGAAACGGACAAAGGCAAAGUAUCGUCGAGUGUUCAAACUUGUGGUAAUUUACGGAGGGUAACUAAUAAUUCAGUAUUAACUGCGGUACCAUCGACCUCACAACAAUGGAAAGAUGAUGUUAUUUAUCGCACAAAUGGUAGAUCAUCGAAAAAUAGGGGAUUAGUUAAAAAUAGAUUUCAAUUAAUGCGUCCGCGGGAAUUUGCGGCUAUCGAAGCUAUUAAAACAAUGAAAAUAACUAAUCAAUCAAAUAAUGAAGAUGAUGAUAAUAAUACGUAUGCUAAUGUUAUGGAACAAUCGCUUUACGCAAAUGCUUUGGUAUUACCGUCGAGAAAUCAUCAGAUUAUUUCUAAUAGUAGAAUAAUUAUUGAUGGUAAUGAUAGGGAUGAUUUUAUAAAAAGAAAAGAUAAAAUUCCAGUACCUGAUUUAACAAGUGAUAAUAAUAAAUAUCCAGUGGAAUUUUUGAAGGCCUCUGGAAGUAAAGAUAAUGAAGAAGAAAUGACGCAAAACAUGAAUACCUUGGCUGUGAAUCGUUUAUUAAAAAAAUUAGAAGGUGCAAUAGCAUCAGGUAAUCACCAAAAAGCCGCUGGAUUUGCCAAAGAAUUAGCGCAUCUUAAAAUCCAGUGUUCAGUAGUAAGACAACGACCUAAAAUAGACGAUUUAUUAAACGUCGACAUGUACAUCGAAGAUAGAUUAGCCCACCAAGGACCAAUACCACUUCAGCUUCCGAUAAGCAUGACGGUAAGACAAUUGAAAGUUAAAAUUUUCAAUGAGUUUGAAAUACCAGCAAAUGUACAGAGAUGGAUUAUUGGAAAAACUUUAGCAGAAAACGACGACGCAACGCUUGAGGAUCUUAAAGCUAUUGAAGGAACUCCUGUUUUCCUUUAUCUCGUCGCUCCAGAUUUACAGAUCGCUGACAUAAAUAAUAAACAAUUUAAUAAGGUAUUGGAUCAAAAUCAUUUAACUGAACGACUACUGACCAUUAAUAAUAAUAAUGACGAUAGUGAUAAUGAUAAAAAUAAACACAAGAAAAAAACAAACCAAUUAGACAAAGAAAAAAAAGAUGAUUACCAAAUUAAUUUGACGGAUGAAAAAAAUAAGCAAAAAUAUUUACCGAAAUCAGUUGAUCCAGUAAAAAAAAGUUCAUUAAUUUUCAAUGUCAAAAAAUCUGAGGCGGUAGAUGAUGAUGAUGAUGAUGAUGAUGAUGAUGAUCAAGGGAAAAAAAUUGAAAAUUUUUUAGAAAUUAAUAAGAAAAUAGAAUUAAAAAAUAUGAACAAAGUUUGUUUAGUAAACAAACAAGUGGAGGAGGGUCUGGAAGAGGGUAAAAUUAUUUUUGAUAAUCAAAUUAUUGAAGGGGCUGCAGCUUUACCAAAGAAUAAUAAUAAUGAUAAUCACGAUAAUAAUAAUAAUGAUAAUAAUAAUAAUAAUCAUAAUAAUAAUAAUAGAAUGGAACAGUACACGCAAUUGAUGAUGCUUGAAAAUUGUGAAAUUGUUUUAAAUGUUGAGCCUAUCGAGUGCCCGAUUUGUUUUGUUGUUUAUGAUCCACUUGAAGGUGUAGUACUCAGAGACUGUUUACAUUCAUUUUGCAGGGGAUGUAUUGAAAACACAAUUAAAUAUUGCAAUGAAGCGGAAGUAAAAUGUCCAUAUCGAGACUCUGAAUAUACCUGCGAAUCAACGCUGCAGGAGCGUGAGAUAAAAGCUCUGGUGAAUCCGCAAAUUUAUGAACAACAUUUAGCUAAAUCAGUAGCGCAAGCUGAAAAUAAUGCCGGACAUAAUGCAUUUCAUUGUAAGACACCCGAUUGUCCGGGCUGGUGUAUUUAUGACGAUAAUGUUAAUAACUUUUUAUGCCCCGUGUGCAAUAAAAAUAAUUGCUUAACAUGUCGGGUAAUCCAUGAAGGUAAAAAUUGUUUUGAAUACCAAGAUGACGUAAGAAUAUCAAAAGAAAGUGAUCAAGAAUCAAAACGUACGGCAGCAAUGUUAGCUGAAAUGUUGAGACGUGGCGAAGCAAUGGCAUGUCCAACUUGUGAUGUUGUAUUGAUGAAAAAAAUGGGAUGCGAUUGGCUCAGAUGUUCAAUGUGUAAAACUGAAAUUUGUUGGGUUACUAAAGGACCACGUUGGGGACCUGGUGGCAAUGGUGAUACAUCAGGAGGAUGUCGAUGUGGACAAAACGGAAUAAAAUGUCAUCCUUGCUGCAAUUACUGUCAUUAAAUAAUUUAUUAUUUAUUUUUUACUUACAAAGUUAUCAUUUUUCACUAUAAUUUUAUUUACAUUAAAUAUUUAUACAAUUUUAACACCACUUAUUAUACAUAUAUUAUAUAAGUCAAUCAAUGAUGUCAAUAAUACACAUGUAAGAAAUUCAGGAAAAAGUUAAGUAACUUAAUAAUAACUAGACUAAUUUUUUUUAUCAUUACUUUAUAAUAAAGUAAAAUAAAUUUUUUAAUUAUUCUAGUGGGCGUUGUAUGAAAAUAAAUAAUUGACAAGAAAAUUAAUUUCGUUAUAUUUAUUUUCAUUGAUGUUUAUUAAGUACCGAAAAUUGAUGCAGAUGUACUGUACUUGUUCAGGCCAGUAAUAAAAUCCACUCAUGUCCAUCACCCACUGUACGCAA